GGAGGAUGACGUCGCACCGCCCCCGUUGCCCUGGCGACCCCGCGGCCUAACCCGCAGGCUUCAGCCGCAAGCCGCCGGGCUCCGCGGGGUUGAGCCAUGGAGCAGUACAACAUCCUUGGCCGGGUCGGGGAGGGGGCACACGGAAUCGUGUUCAAGGCUAAGCAUAUCGAGACAGGAGAGACAGUUGCUCUCAAGAAAGUUGCCCUGCGGAAACUGGAGGAUGGAAUUCCGAACCAGGCCCUGCGGGAGAUUAAAGCUCUUCAGGAAAUUGAGGACAAUCAAUACGUGGUCAAGCUAAAGGACGUCUUCCCCCAUGGAACAGGGUUUGUCCUGGUCUUUGAGUAUAUGCUGAGUGACCUGUCUGAGGUGAUCCGCAACUCUGAUUGGCCCCUGACCGAGUCACAAGUCAAAGGUUACAUGAUGAUGCUGCUGAAAGGGCUGGCGUUCUGCCACCAGAACUCCAUUAUGCACAGGGACCUGAAGCCAGCAAACCUGCUCAUCAGUUCGACGGGACACCUCAAAAUUGCUGAUUUUGGACUUGCCCGGGUUUUUUCCAACGAAGGUGAUCGACUGUACAGCCAUCAGGUGGCUACACGGUGGUACCGAGCCCCAGAGCUGCUCUAUGGAGCUCGCAAGUACGAUGAAGGUGUAGAUAUUUGGGCAGUGGGCUGCAUCUUCGGUGAGCUCCUGAAUAACUCACCGCUGUUCCCAGGUGAAAAUGACAUCGAGCAGCUGUGCUGUGUUCUCCGGGUCUUGGGGACCCCCAACGAGAGGAUCUGGCCUGAAAUCAAGGAGCUGCCGGAUUAUAACAAGAUCACUUUCAAGGAGAAUCCACCCAUCCCGCUGGAACAUGUCGUCCCAGAUGCCUCGCCCGAGGCAGUGGAUCUCCUGAAACGCUUCCUGGUCUACCCAUCCAAGCAGAGAAUCAGUGCAGCUGAGGCUCUCUUGCACCCGUAUUUCUUCAAGGAGCCACUACCCGCCCACCACUCGGAGCUGCCAACCCCGCAGCGGGCAGGGAGGAAGACAUUGCAGCACCAGCACGAGUUCCAUGUUGAGCGGCCCCUCGUGGAAUCGGUGACCAACCCGGACCUCGUCUCCCGCCAUGCCCGAGUUUGAUGAAACUCCACCUCUGGGCACGGUGACAGGGCUGUGCACCGUAGCUGUGCCAGGAGGGAAUGGGGUGCGGUUCACCCUUUUACAGAAUGUCUGCUUCAAUCGGGACAGUGGUGUGCUGUCACGCCAAAGCAACUUGUAUUUAAUGAUCAUUGCAAUAAAACACAACAGUCUCA